AUGGUAUCUCUCUGGGGCUGGAAGAAGAGCCACUCAGACCGGCCGGAGGAGCCAUCUCCUGACCAAAAUGAACAAAAUGAGAAUACGCCAUCGCGAGACCAGCAACCCGACGAACGGACAAGACUGCUUCCGCCCGAAAAUAACCCGGGAUACUUGAGUCCCGAUGACCCAGCAGUCUCUCCUUACAAUCUAUGGGGCGUGCGCGCCUUGCGCGGCCUCUCGCUGGCUGCACUGGCUAUCAGCUUCGUCUGGUGGACUUUCCUCUUGGUGUCGGUCUUUGUUACUCCACCGCUGAUGCAUUCGCGCGGAUCGGGUUUCUUCGCUUUCGCCUACACCACCCUGGCCAUGGGCUAUCUGGCGUUGGGGUUGUUGUUCUUUGCCGUGCCGUCCAAGCCAAUGACCAUCUGGGGCAUCAUUCUCGUCGUAUUGCUCUUGGUGGAUAUGUGUAUUAUCCUGGCUGUCCCGCGAAUCCGACUCGAGGAAGGCUGGGUUGGAAUUGCGUCCGUUGUCUGGGCAGCUGCUAUUUCCGUCUACCAGAUCAUCCAGAAUCGAGCCGUUCAGUGGGGUAAGCGGGAGGAAGAGGAGCGUCUGACCGGCCGUGAAGAGACGCGCCGUCCGCUGAGAGAGUGGCUGGCUGUUCUCGCCGAGACUAUUUUUCUGGCGGUCAUGGCCGUUGCGGCUGUGCUGUUUACCGCGACGCUGAUUCUUCGCUCUCGCGAUGUCUCGCUUGCUGCGCCUGGUCACCGAUACUUUGUCCACGGUGAUACAUACCAGGUUCAUCUCGCUUGUGUGGGGAACCGAACCACAGAUGCAGACACUCCUACUGUUCUCCUUGAAGGAGGCGAGGGUCCCGUUGAACAUACCUUGCAGCCAUUCCUGGACGAUAUAUACAGCCGUGGCGCAGUCAAGCGGUACUGCUACUGGGACCGGCCUGGUAUGGGAUGGUCGGACAACGCGCCCUCGCCACACUCAGCAGGAAUAGCAGCAGACGUGCUCUCAGAAGCACUAUCCCUCGCCGGGGAAACUGGCCCGUGGGUCGUGGUAUCUGCGGGAGUUGGUGGACUCCAUUCUCGGCUUUUCGCCAGCCGCAACCUACUCCAAGUGCGCGGCAUCUUUCUAAUUGACCCCCUCCAUGAAGCAUACCUCGGAGACAUCGCCCAGCCCGGUCGUGGGUUCUUACUUUGGCUUCGCGGUGUCGUGUCACCGCUGGGUUUGGAUCGACUAGCCGGGGCGAUUGUGCGCGGCCGUUCUCGCGAAGAUCGCGUCGCCGGACGCUCGGCCUACCAGUCUGGCAGAUUCAUCAAGGCCAAGCUGCAGGAGAAUCUCGUUGCAAUGACCAUGACCGCCGCUGAGAUCCAGUCGGCGCGCCAUAUCCAGAUGGGCCAUACUCCAGUGGUCGUGGUCAGUUCUGGGAUUGAGGUUCGACGAGACUCACGCUGGGAAGAACGGCAGGAGGAUCUCUCCCAUAUCACCGAUAAUCUGCUGUCCUGGGAUAUAGUCCACGAUGCCCCCCACGAGGUGUGGACUGAUGGCAAGGGUCGACAGGUAUUGGAGAAGCGUUUGACCAAGCUGCUUCAGGAAAGUGAGACGUAUCGGCUAUAG